AUGGUUGGAAGUGCUUCCUUGGGAUUCUUCGAGCUUGUUGCUAUAGGGGCUCGCGUCGAAUAUGGUUUAAGAAAUGGAAAACUUGCGGUUGUACCUGGAACUUCAAAUGCUAAUCCAAAGAAGUUCUCUGGAGGGUUUCCCAGAAAGAAGGAAGCGGAAACAAAUGUUGUGACUGCUUAUCAAGUGCCUCAGGUUUAUCGACCGACUCUAGUUCAACAAUGUGUUGCGGUUCCUCCAGCUUAUCAACAAGCACCGGCAGCUCCUGUCUAUCAACAGCCGAGAGCUCAAGCUCCAAGGCAAAAUGCUCAGAACCAGAAUAGGAGGCAAGAGGAUAGGGCGACCUUCAAUCCAAUCCUAAUGUUGUACACUGAGCUUUAUUCCUCCAUGUUGCAAAAGGGUUUGGUGGUUCCCAGACCUAUGGGACCUCCACCUGAUCGUCUUCCUCCAUGGUACAACCCUAAUGCACACUGCCCUUUUCAUGAAGGUGCCCCCGGGCAUGACCUAGAGGGUUGUUACGCUCUGAAGCAUAGGGUUCGUGAACUAAUUGAAAGCAAGAUCCUGCCUUUUAAGGAUAUGAGACCGAAUGUGAAGAACAAUCCUGUUCCUCCCCAUGGAGAUCCUGCAGUAAACGCCAUUGAAGAUGCCUAUGUUGGUGUUACGCUUGAUAAGGUGGAUGAUGUUAAGACUCCUUUGGCAGCAUUCCAUGUCCGAUUGGUGGAAGCUGGCCUGAUUAAUGUUCGCCAUGUUGAAAUCCCAUAUUACAGUGGUGGAGUGGUUCUUACGAAUAGUCAGCCGUCGCCUGUUGAGAUAUGUAUGCCCAUGCCUUUUCCAUACGAGAGCACCAAGGCUGUGCCUUGGAAAUAUGAGAUUACCGUUGUGGACAAGGUUGUUGAAGGAAGUACAAACGUUGAAGUGACAGAAACUGUAAGUGAGGACGUCACCAAUAUUGCAGGAAUGAGCAGAAUGACCCGUAAUGGUCGAAUCUAUACGCCUGAAUUCAAUGUGACUCCUCAAGGGCCAAACAACGAAUCAACGGUCGCAGCUCCCACUAAAGAACCCGGAGUGGUCCCAUCUGAGGAUGUUGUUGAAUUCUUGAAGUUGAUCAAGAGAAGUGAUUACAAAAUUGUGGAACAGCUGCAUCAGACACCCUCUAAGAUCUCUAUUAUGUCUCUGCUAUUGAACUCCCAAGCCCAUAGGGAGGCUUUGUUAAAGGUGCUUGCCCAAGCUCAUGUAACACAAAGCAUAACAGUAGACCAGUUUGAUGGGGUGGUUGCAAACAUCAUAACUUAUAAUACUUUGAGCUUCAGUAGAGAGGAAUUACCUGAGGAUGGACAAAAUCACAAUCGUGCUCUCCAUAUCUCGGAUUUCUUAAACAAUUAUGCUGCUGAAAGUCAACAGUCCAUUGGUUACUGCAAUCAAUCAUUACACGGUGGACAACAACAUUCUUAUGCCCCUCAUGUUGGAAUAUCAUCUUCUGGGCGUCCUACUCAUGCUAUGGUUACCUUUGGAUUUGGUGGAAAAACUCAUAAUAAUGAAAGAUUCUAG